AGUGAAACAGCCCAGGGUGCGGGAUUAGUGGGAGAGCGGGUUCCGUGUUGUUCUGUGGCGGCGUGUGGGGCGCGUCAGGGGCUGUCGGACUACAACUCCCAGCAUCCAAUGUGCGGGCUCUGUAGGGAGAAGAAAUAAAACAAAAAAGAAGACGCAGAGAAGCCCCAGAAGCCAACGAUCCAUUGGUUUGGUUUUUGCCCAUUAGACCGUCCAACACCAGGAAACCCACACAUUGGAGAGAAUAAUCUGUAUCCGACUGAGAAAAAGCUUUGGUGCAAUGAGCAUUCCCAACUUCCCUCAGUGGCAAACUUCCCAGCUUCCCUCCGUGGCAAAACGUUACGGAUGCACAGAAUGUGGGAAGACGUUAUCGUCAUUAAGCAACUUGUACACUCACCAGAGAAUCCACACCGGGGAGAAACCCCACACCUGCACAGAAUGUGGGAAGAGUUUCUCUGUAAAGUAUCAUCUAGUCAAGCACUUUAAAACUCACACAGGAGCGAAACCGUUCAUGUGUAUGGAAUGCGGUAAAACCUUCUCCGAGAAAGACCAACUUCAGGCGCACUCAAGGGUUCACACAGGGGAGAAACCAUUUUCUUGUGUAGAAUGUGGGAAGCGGUUCAGCAGUAAGGGAGGCCUGCAGUACCACCACACGACUCACACAGGGGAGAAACCUUUCACUUGCACAGAGUGUGGGAAAUGUUUCCCGAAUGUCUCCGGCCUUAAUAGUCAUCGCUUGAUCCACGCAGGGGAAAAACCAUUUCCUUGCACAGUUUGUGGGAAGAGUUUCAUUUCAAGGAGCGACUAUAUCGGGCACAGUAGGAUUCACACAGGGGAGAAACCAUUUGCCUGCACUGAGUGUGGGAAACGUUUCUGUCUAAAGACCAACCUUACCAGGCACUACGUGAUUCACACAAGGGAGAAACCUUUGAAAUUGGGCAGCAGUUCCUCUAAAAACUACAGCCUUCCUGCCCCACCCUUGGGAGAGAUGUUCGAUAUGAACAGAAUGUGGGAAACUAUUUUCUCUAAAGAUCAACCCUACCCGGCAUCACAUGACUCACACAGGGGAGAAACCUUUGUAAUGGGGCAACAGUUCCUCUACAAACUACAGCCUUCCUGCCCCUCCCCUGGGAGGGAUGUUCGACAUGAGCAGAAUGUGGGAAACGUUUUGGUCCAAAGAGCAACCUACCAGGCAUCAAAUGACUCGCACAGGGGAGAAACCUUUGUAAUGGGGCAACCGUUUCUGUACAAACUACAGCCUUCCUGCCCCUCCCCUGGGAGGGAUGUUCGACAUGAGCAGAAUGUGGGAAACGUUUUGGUCCAAAGAGCAACCUACCAGGCAUCAAAUGACUCGCACAGGGGAGAAACCUUUGUAAUGGGACAACCAUUCCUCUGCAAAGUCGAGCCUUCCUGCCCCUCCCCUGGGAGAGAUGUUUGACCACUUACCAACGUACAUGGGGGCUUGUGUGUCUGAAUCUCGUAGAUCUUUAGUUAUUUACUGUUUUUAGAAAAAUAUCAUGUCACAAGCUUUUCCAUCCGUUCCCUGUUUUCUACCAAUUAGCAACAAUUAUUACAAUAAAGUAGAGUGUGAAUGUA